AUGAACAUCGAUGAGGCAAUCCGGAAGAAGGCCGUGGACAAGUACGAGGAGCAGUUGGCGGCCCUCAUGAAGGACGGCGGGUCCGUUGGCAUUCCGGACGAUUUCAUUGAAGAGUGCAAGGCCGUCACCGACGGUCACGUUGUGAUUGGCAACGACGCCGCAGACGACAAGGGCAACCUGUGCUGGAACGUGGACCUCAAAGAGUCGGUGCCGCGCGGCAUCACGUCCGAGUGCAUCCAGAACAGGCCCCUCCACGAGCUCAGGUCCCUCAACUUCAAGAUGUACCUCAUGGCACGCGAGGAGACGGGAAAAGCGAAGACGGAGUGCGACACGGGCGACAAGAACAUUGACCUCGACAUCUCGCCCAUGCUGGCGCUGUCGCGCCAGCCCGUCGGCGACGUUAUGUCGGUCGGCGACGAGGCGGCCAUGUUCCUCCUGGCGCUGCGCGAUUCGGAGCGCGCGAACGAGGCACGCCCGCUCGCGAGGGAGGCCUUGACGCUGCUGGCGCGCGGGCGCGUGCAGUGGGACGAGGACACCGCGACCGCGGCCCGGGCGGUCGCGGAGGCGCGCACCUGGGCGGAGGCCCAGCACGCGGCGGGCGUCCGGACCCUGGCCGACGCCGGCGCCUCGGCGGUGGAGGCCUUGCUGGACGAAGUGCGCCUGCGGCCGCUGGAACGCAAGAGGGUUCUCGCCGCCUUGGAGAACCCUUCGGAGGACGCGGAGGACUUGGCGGCCCGCCUCACGAGGGAGAGGAGGAUCCGGCGAGGCGCUACGCCUCCCUUCACGAGCGCCUCCUGUUCCUGCGCUUCAAGGAUGGGGGCGAGCUCCUCGCGGAUCUCGGCAGCGCCAGCUUGCCGAAGGACACUUUCGACGAGCGGCUGCGGGCUCUGCAAGCACGCAUCCUGGAGGCCUGACCGGCGCGAGGCCUCGACCUCGGGACGAGUCGCGGGGCGGAGCGCACUGCCUCUUCGACUAGACCCGACUGGGGCUCUCACCGCUCCUCCUCCAGGGCCGAUGAGGGCCGAGGGCGGCGGCGGGGCAUCGAUGGGCGGUGCGCGCGGAGCCUCGCUCGCAGGGGAGGGGCCAGGGAGGCCGGGGAGGCCUCCAGAGGUGGUUUGUCCUGUGGCGUCUCGCUUCCUCGCGAGGGGGGGCCUUGCAGCUUCAGCCCUCGUGCGCGGAGAGGGAGCGGCGGAGGCGGCCUUGGAGAGGCCCCUGCUGCUGCCCCUCCUCCCGUCCUAUCGAUCCCGACUCGAUCUGCGCGCACCCCCCCCUCGUUCCAGAGGGCCUCGCGAGCUUGCCGCGAGGCCCGCGGAGAUACAGCUGUCCGCAUCAGGUUUUUACAGCACGAGUGGCUUGUUGGCCUCGUGUGGACGAGUCCCAUCGCCGUUCAGGCGAGAGUUUUUGGCGGAGCACGGUCGCGCAAGUCCUGGCUCUUCUCCUCGGUUCCGGGAAGCCGCGCCCAGGCCUCGCCACCCAGGCGUCGCUUGCUUGAGCGCCAUGGCUCAACCGCGGCAGUAUGCGGCCAUGUUUUCACUCCGUCCACGCGGGGGCGCAUUUUGGGUGGUGUCCGGCCACGCUGUCAAGAAUAGCAUGCACUUCGGCGCGCGCGCGAUGCACCAUUCUUCUUUGUCUACGGCCCCGUGUGUUUCAAAAUUGCAUGUUUGCCAGCGUGGGCCCCAAUCGCAUUGUGGAUAA